AUGCAGAGUUUGCUUCAAAACAGCAGAAUGGUUGUUUCGAUUCCAAACCGGAACAACACGGCAGUGUGUUUCCUGGAACUCUCUCUAAUGCAAGUCACAAAGCCAGUGGUGGCCGUCCAUUUUAGUCACGCAAGUGCAACCGUACGUUCCGGCGACUCCAUACUCCACCGAGAGAGCCCUCUAAGCCCGUCACCAACGAAACAAUAACAGAUUCCCCAUAAUCCUAAGGGCCGUGCCAGUAUUCCGCAUGUGAAUACUGACAGUGAUGAGAGCUUCGUCUAGCUUCAGUCCUCGUAGCGGCGCAAUGAAUCGGAUGCUUCAUAGAACAUAACUGGCCGAUAUUCUGCUUAAAAAAGCUUGAUGCAUGCUAAGCAUCCAAGAAAAUCGCCCAAAAAUACCCCGAAGUAGCUUCUUUGAGACGGUACUAAGAUAGUGUCAGUAGCUGCUCGAAGACAAUGUGCACUAGUUGCUGCUAGCUUGCCACAUGUCGUUAUUUAUGGCACAAUCGAAUGCUGGUGAUUUAAGGCUGAGCCGACCCUACCACAGCGCGUAGACCGAAUAUUCUAUCUGAGAAAUCAAACUCGUUGAGAGCGCGUCUCAACAAGACUCGGGGUAUUACCCUGCGUCUGGGCAAGAUGAUAAGAACCGUAGCAACGCGACCGAACCAGAUUGACUAUCGAGCAGUGGAGAGAAGAUUCGUGCCACCGCUUCCCAUAACGCGUAUAGAUAGAGAAUUGCGAUGCUUGUUUCUCCCCUCGAUAAAUUUCAUGCUUGCUGUUAUCAAAAACAAAUCAUCUGUUCUGGACGGCUUGGUACCGCUAACGUGGGCCUUUGCAAAUAUUAAUCACAGACUCCAACCGUGCGUGACUACUACAUUCCAACGGCCUCUGCGAUGCGACAUACAUCGAACUAACAUAAUCUCGCAAAUGGUCGCAAGCUGGCCGUUUACUGAGAAAAAUGGUCAAUAA